CACCGCUUGACCCUUGACAGUUGACUCCAUUGCCACUGUUAGCGGCAGCCAGGCCGCGCCGGCAGUACGAGCCCACAGCGCCACCGCGGGCUUACCGCAGCCGGACACCGGCGGCGGAGAUUGCUCUUGUCCGCAGGAACGUAACGUGUGUAAAGCAAUGCUCAUCCACGGUACCAACAAGCUACAACUACUAUGGAAUGUUAUAUCCUGCAUACUGCUCUUCAACACUUUCUUCAAUUUUGAUUCACCGCAAAAUAUCCACCUUGGCAAGAAAACUUUCGACUUCACCAUAUUGGCUUCUAGGUUGUUGCAUGAGACCCGCACCAAUUCAAGGCAUGUUCAGGAAAUGGUGGAUAAUGGACACAGGUUUGCAGAGAUUACCCAAAACAUUACCAACAUUACUGCAAAUGUGACGUCUGGAUGGAGCAUUUUGAAGACAUUUCCUGCUGGGAGUGCCCCUUUCAAUAGCUGUCAUGCUUCCACUAUUGUACAGAUUGAAGAAGGCAAUUUUUUGGUGGCAUAUUUUGGUGGAUCCAUGGAAGGUGCUCCGGAUGUCAAAAUUUGGUUGCAGAGAUAUAUAGAUGGUUUCUGGCAUCCUCCAGUGGUAGCUGAUGAACAGGAUGGGGUGCCCAUGUGGAAUCCUGUUUUGUUUCAGCUUCCCUCUCGUGAGCUACUUCUCUUCUACAAGAUUGGUCAAGAAGUCCAGAAGUGGAGUGGUGCCAUGAAAAGAUCGCUGGAUGGUGGCAUAACCUGGUUACCAAGAGAGCAGCUACCACCUGGUAUCCUUGGUCCAAUUAAGAACAAGCCUUUCUUGCUUGAAGAUGGUCGCCUACUGUGUGGAUCAUCAGUUGAAAGCUGGAACUCUUGGGGUGCAUGGCUUGAGGUUACACGAGAUGCUGGGCGGACAUGGAGAAAGUAUGGCCCUAUAUAUGUGGAUGGACAACCACUUGGGGUGAUCCAGCCAGUUCCCUACCGUACUGCAAAAGGGGUUAUUCUAGUUCUACUGAGAUCAUUUCCGACAAUAGGCCGCAUCUGUAUGGCUGAUUCCUUUGAUGGUGGUGUGACAUGGAGUUUUGUGCAAGGAACUCAGCUUCCAAACCCAAAUUCUGGUAUUGAUGGAGCAAAGAUGAAGGAUGGAAGAGUGGUGCUUGCCUACAACACCUUCUCCAGAGGAACGCUCAAACUUGCGGUCUCCUUGAACGAUGGUGAUUCGUGGAACAAAGUGAUGACAUUGGAGGAUACCAGUGGUAUGGAGUUUUCAUAUCCUGCAGUGAUCCAGACCACGGAUGGUCUCAUACAUGUGACAUAUACAUACAACCGGGCGCAGAUUAAGGUAAUUUCCGUGAUGCGUGCAUAAGGAAGCAGCAGCCUU